UGUAUUUAAGACUUAUUUUUUCUAUAUUUCUUGUGAUGAAAUAUGCACAAGAGCAAUCAGGUUCUUCAGGCUCUUUUCACACUUGCAAGCAAGAAAGUUUAAUUAGUCAAGCAAUAGAUUCAUGCUGUGUUGACGAAGCUAGUAGUGUUGGAUCUAUCGGCAAUAAAGUUCAGCAGAGCGAGUCUAAGAUAUCAGCCCCGAACCCUGAAAUUGAGGAAAAUGGUGAUGAUGAAUUAAAUUCUGAAUCGGUGAAGGUCAAGAAGGAUGCUACCAAGAGGGUCCUUAUUAAUAAAGCUCCGCCUAUUUUGACCAUUCAUCUUAAGAGGUUCAGCCAAGAUGCUGGGGGUCGCUUAAGUAAAUUGAAUGGCCAUGUUACUUUCAGAGAAAUAAUUGAUCUUAAACCAUAUAUGGAUGCCAGGCCCGUGAGGCUGAAAUUUCUGUACAGGGGAAAUUGGUAGAUCCCCAA